CCCUCCCUCCCUUCUGCGUCGCCGUUAGAACUGCUAGUCUGCUACCCCUUCGUUCAAUAUAAGUUUUUGAAGAAUUCCGAAUCCUUCUGUUGCUACUAUUGCCAGUCUGAAUAAACAGACAUGCCUGAGACUGGUGGAAAUUCAACAUUCAGCAAGUCUACAGGAUUGCCUCGAAAGCGCUUCUAUCGAGCACGAGCACACAGCAACCCUCUCAGUGACUCUCAUUUCCCUGUGCCAUUAUCACCCAGUCAUGUUGACUAUUCCCUCCAUUAUCCUCAAUUCUUUCCCUCGUCUGACAAAGCUGAUAGUUGCAAAAAGAUUAAGUUUGCCGAUAUUGGUUGUGGUUUUGGAGGGCUGCUCAUCAGUCUUUCCACUCUGUUCCCAGAAACAUUGAUGAUCGGAAUGGAACUUAGAGAUAAAGUGUCCGAGUAUGUUAAGGAACGAAUUUUAUCUUUAAGGGUAGCAAAUCCAGGUCAAUACCAAAAUGUUUCUGUGGUGCGGACUAACUCCAUGAAGUACAUUCCCAAUCACUUUGAGAAAGCACAACUCUCAAAGAUGUUUUUCCUGUUUCCUGAUCCUCAUUUUAAAGAGAAGAACCAUCGCCGUCGGGUUAUCAGCCCAUUCUUACUAGAUGAGUAUGCUUUUGUUCUCGAGGUUGGUGGAAUUAUAUACACAAUAACAGAUGUGGAAGAACUUGGGGACUGGAUGAAAUCUUGUUUGGAGAAUCACCCAUUGUUUGAACCUUUGACUGAGAAAGAACUUGAAGCAGAUCCGGCUGUUAAGCUUUUAAGCUCUGCUACUGAAGAAGGCCAAAAGGUUGCUAGAAAUGAGGGACAAACUUUCCAAGCUGUAUACAGACGCAUUGCAGCAUCUGAUCAAAUAUCCUAGAUUUUAGUUGCUUAAUCUAAUGUGCUGGGAAUUCAAAAAUAUGUUGCUUUUAGAAGAAUCAUAUGGUCUUGGCAUUUUUUAUUUGCUAUAUAUGUGCUUAUUUUCAUGUUGAAUAGAACCUAUUUGAUAUUGAAAACAAAAUUAUCAUGCAGUGUAGUUGAGGAUUCAACCUAUUUGAUUUGUUGCCGGUGACAAUUUUGGUUCUUUAAUAUUUGCCAUCAAUAUGAUUAUUUUCACUUUUGCAA